CGCAUUUCAGAAGCCCAAGAUUGCUGCGAUCUGUUACUUGCCGGCUCGAAUUUCGUGGACACUCCCAAUUUCCAUCUCGCCCUUGUUACGCCUCUCCUGUCGACAAUUGUUUUCUGUCACCCGGGUCCUGUCUCACCUGAACCCUCUUGACCCACGCCGCAUUCCCUCGCUUCGACUCGUCGUCUGCUAUCCAGACUUUCCGCCCUUUACGACCGACACCUGCCCAAGCCAGAAACCUUAAUCCGCAGCACUCUCCAGGAGUGUUCCCCCACUGCGAAAACACACCCACACUUGUGAUACCCGAUCGAUGCGGCGCGUCUAGGGGUUAUGAGGAGAACAUCGGUAUCGCUCCCUACGAAGCAAGUCCAUCGCGACCCGUACGAGAAGCGCAACCGCUACGGCUCCGGCCAGAACACAGGCAUCCUGGAGAAACUACAGGCCAGCUGGAUGAAUCAGUCCCAGAAGGCCAGGUGGCUGAAGACCACGUCCAUCGUGGUCUUCCUGGUCUUCCUCUUCUACUUCCUGUCGCCGAAAGGUGCAACUGUCUACUCUGGAGGCGGUCAAGUCCCAUCGGACUCGAGCUAUGGAACAACCAAGUGCCAGAAGUCAUACUCGCGUGACAAGCCGAUUGUCCAGUAUGUCUUGAUGGUUGAUGCGGGCAGCACCGGCUCUCGCAUCCAUGUCUACAAGUUCAACAACUGCGGUCCCACCCCUGAACUCGAGCAUGAAGAAUUCAAGAUGACGGAGAAGAGUGUUGGAGGGCUCAGUGCGUACAAGAACGACCCCAUCGCUGCGGCCAAGACCCUCGACCCGCUCAUGGCAGUCGCCAUGAGCACUGUCCCGGACGCCCUCAAGGGCUGCUCGCCUAUUGCUGUCAAGGCCACGGCCGGUCUCCGCAUGGUUGGUAACGAAGCAAGCAUCAAGAUCCUUGAUGCUGUUCGUUCUCAUCUUGAAAACGACUAUCCUUUCCCCGUGGUCUCCAAGGAGGAGAACGGCGUGGCGAUCAUGGACGGCUCCGAUGAGGGUGUCUUUGCCUGGAUCACGACAAACUACCUCCUCGGCAAGAUUGGCGGUCCGGAUCAGAGCCCGACUGCUGCCACUUUUGACCUCGGCGGCGGCUCUACCCAGAUUGUUUUCGAACCCACCUUCCCGAACCUGGCAGGCGGUGGCAUGCCCGAGAAGCUGGCUGACGGCGACCACAAGUUCAACCUCAAGUUCGGUGGCCGCGAGUUUGUCCUCUAUCAACACUCGCAUCUCGGAUACGGCCUCAUGGCCGCCCGCAAUGCGAUCCACUUGACUCUUCUCCAGGAUAUCUACUCCGAAACCAAGAGCAAGGCUUUCCUGGACAAGCCCAUUGUGAACCCCUGUAUCAAUGCUGGACAGAGUGCCAAGGUCAAGGUCGAUCUUGGCGAAGGGGACAGCCCUCUCGGUAGCGGCAAGGUCGAACUGACUAUGAAAGGCCCGGCCACUCCCGCUCCGGCUCAGUGCCGUGCUCUUGCCGAGCGGAUUCUGUACAAGGAUGCCGAGUGCAAGCUCGCUCCUUGCUCGUUCAAUGGUGUCCACCAGCCCUCGCUCGCAAAGACUUUUGCAAGGGAGGACCUCUACAUUUUCUCCUUCUUCUUCGACCGUACCAAGGAGCUUGGCAUGCCUGACUCCUUCACCCUCCGGGAGCUGCACGACCUCGCCAAUACCGUCUGCAGCGGAGAGGAGGCUUGGGGAGUCUUUGGUUCUGUGCCAGGUGCGCUCUCAGCGCUCAAGGACCGUGGCGAGUACUGCCUUGAUCUCAACUUCAUGGUUGGUCUUCUGCACACUGGCUACGACAUGCCCAUUGAGCGUGAGGUCAAGAUUGCCAAGAAGAUCAAGGGCAACGAGCUUGGCUGGUGUCUUGGUGCCAGUCUGCCUCUCCUAGCUAAGAACUCUGGAUGGUCGUGCAAGGUGUCGGAGAUCCACUAGACGACAGCCCGGCCAUUUCACGAGGGAUGAAAAGAACAAACGACGCAUUUGCAUUGACUUAUUUACAAGACAUGAUAGAGCUUUGGUAAUAGAUGUCGCGAUUCUGACAUUGACAAGGUUGGGAGUGGGUGCCCAGGUGGCAGGCGUUCCGGAUCGGUUCUGCACCGGCAUCAGAUUCUUGGGCAUGGGAAACGAGCAUUUCCAGUGGCGAUGGAUUCACCCUGGGUACAAACAUUUUGGGGGAUUCGGCAGGCACGUUGAAAGGUGCUGUACCAAUAAAUAUUUUCCAUCAGGCCAUUAUGAGCCCGAUAUCAUUUCUGGCAUACUCUAGAUACAAUGACUUGACUUGAAGUCGAAAAUGACGUGUGA